ACGUGUGAAUACCUCGGACACGAACCAACCCGAUUAACUGUUGGAUGGUCCGAUUGCAAUGGAGCGGGUUAGGGAAAUGGAUUUCCGAGGCCGACGCCUGCCUUCAUUCCCCGCUUGUCUGCCGCAAUCUCUCUCUCUCUCUCUCUCGGAAAGAGAAAAUGCAAAGUAGAAAACAUAGAAAUGGAUUAUUCUCGAACAACUGCACCGUAAGAUAUCUAUAUCUAUAAUCUCUCGUCAGACUGUAAUUGAUUCCUGUGCUUUGAAGGGAUUUGGAAAAAAUUGUUUUAAAAUACAAAUACACACAGACAGACGCGAUCCUGUAUAAUGAGUUUGUUUGUGGUGACUGAGGUGAAGAAUUGUUUUGGGGGUCCUUUGAUGAUGACAGAGAGAAUUGGAUCUAAAAGAUGAAAUUUGGACUUCCACCUCUAUUUCAUAAGCCUUGGCUGUGGACAAAUUUUUGGAAGUCCAGUGACUACAUAACGAUGAGGAUCUGGUGAGAAACGGGAAUCUCGUUGGAGGUCUCAUAGUUGCUGAUCUAAUUACCAAACAUUUGUCUGGAAAAAUGCAAGCAAGGCAUAGGAUUGGACCUGAGAAUGGAUACAGGUCAAAUGCUAUGGGGAUUAGAGGUGGUGUGGCAGCUGCUUCCCGGAUUCCACCUGAGGGUUCAAUAAGAGGUCAUCAGGUGUUUAAUUCUGAAUCGGGAAACUACAACUGUGAUGGCUAUGUACGUGGUGGUGGUCAGUCGAGGCAGUUUCAGGCACUACCAUAUCCUCCAAGGAGGACUGACAUAUUCGUGGAAGCUGGCAGGCUAGCAGCUGAGUAUUUGGUCUCUCAAGUUAAGCUGCCACAAAAUGCACUCUCAGUAAAGUGGCACAAUGAUGGGUUGAAGAAUAAGGUGGGCAACUUUCAGGGAUUUAGGGCACAUGAGACUGUGCAGGUUUCUCUGGAUGGCCGUGAAUCAGCUAAUUCCUGUUUGAGGAAUUCUGCUCCUGAUGCAGGGUCAGGUGGGCGAAGGUAUUCUGAUGAAUAUAAUUCCGUGGCGUUGAGGAAUUCCGUGAGAGGGAAGACUGGAUCUUCGAAUAAUUAUGAAAGGGAGGUGGACAUAGACUCGGCUAGAAGUGGGUCAUGGGCUGAAAGGAGUAUGGCUUCUCCAGGAACGGAGGCUGACAGGGAAGCUUCACUCUCUCUUCACAAUGAGCAGCUUGUAGGUAAAUAUGACAAUGUUGGGACACAGGCUUCAGCUCCUGGUGGAAUAACUCAUGAAGGUAUAGGUGCAAUUAAGCUAGAGUGGGGAUUGGAUAAAUGCAACUCAGUUGAGGAUGGUGGUGCAAAAGCAAGUUCUGGUAAUGAGAAACUUAUAAACUCAGAUGCCACUGGAGGUGAAUAUGGAAUGGAAAAAUGCAACUCACUGGAGGACGGUGACGCAAAAGAAAGUUCUAGUAAUGAGAAUGGUCUAAAAUCAGAUGCUGAUAGAGAAACGAUUAAAGGGUCUGAUGAUGCUAAUAAGUUUGAUGUAGAGAUGGUUAAAGAAGGAAGAAAUGACAAUGACUUGGAACGAAAGGUGGAUGAAAAUAUGGAGGUCACAGCUUCAGUGGAGGGGGAUAGUGUGGUCAGUGUGGAUAAUGCCAACUUAUUGAAGCAUAGCAAAUUUCAGAUUGUUUCCACUGAAGGCAGUUCUUUGGCAAUCAAGGAUACAGAGGGUGAACAGGAUCCCGUGAAGGAAGAUGAGACUAAUACUGAGAGAGAACUUUCUGAAGGUGCUGGAAUUUGUAUAGUAGAUGUUGGUAAUAGCAUUUCGGCUGGUAAUGCUUCAUUUAAUAAAAAAAAUGAGUCAAAAAGUUGCGAGUCUGAUGUUUUUCAUGCUCAGGCCAUGGAGAAAGAACUGGAUGUUAUGUACACCACCAAGCCAGGACAGUGCUCGAGGUCUGGAAUUUCUCCUGAUAUCACUGUUGAAAAAGAACGAGAGCCUAAUGUUGGGCUGCCUGGAUUUGGAAGUUCCAAUUCCAUGAUUAAAAAGAGAGUUGAGAAACGAAUACUGGAUGAUCACAUUGACUGUAGGGAGCGUUCUAAAAAACUUAGAGAAUGGGUCCCUUCAAUGGAUGCUCUGUCUAAUGGCUGCCUCCUGCCUCUUUCUAGUUCAAUGGGAGAUCAACCAACUUUGCAUGAGCAAAGAACUUCACAGAGUUCUCAUGUGACUCUAUCUCCUAAACAGAAAAGUUUGUAUAUUUCACUACUUCCUGAAGAAUAUGCUGAAUCGCGUGAGUCCAUGCAAGAGAAGCAGCUGUUUCCGGGUUCAUUUAAGACUUUUGACCUGAAUCUUGUUGGAAAUUGUGAUGUCAAUCAGAAUCAUGAUGCUGAUUCUGUUCAUAUUUUUCCAUCUGUUUCUGAAACUCAAAAAGAAGCGACACAUAUCAACGUUGAUUUGUGUAUGAGUAAUAAUUGCAAUCUGCCUAAGAGAAAUGGUAACCAUGAGACUAAUGAUACUGACAUUAAAGUUAAUGAUUUAGAAAAUGAUUCUGCCCAAGAAGACCAGACCUCCAGUAAUCCAGAGACAAGGGGCUUCUUGAUGACGAUGACUCAAUUUAUAUGUCCCCCCAAGUAUGCUUCAACUUUAAUUCAAAUUGGUUGUAAUUUCAUGGAGGUCUGUCUUCAUUGCAGUUCUUUUAAUGAUGAAUGGAGCUUUUUGAGGACCUGGGAGCAGCCAACACAGGACUGUGGGAAACCAUUUUGAGCAAUUAUGCAUCCAAGUAGUGUAUAUUCAUUUCUGAUGUCAUUGCUGUGUGACGUUUUGGCAGCGUCUUUGACUUCCCACAUUCGGGCAACUACAGAUCUUACCUGGAGUGUUGAUAUUAUUUGUACGGAAUGUGAGUAGCCUUCCAUGUGGGAUAAUUGAUGUUGAAUGAUGGCUUAUCUCACAUGAUAUCAGUUGAAAAGUUGUCAAAAUUAAGUGAUCCGAGACAGAAAUGAAAGAAUAGAUUCUUACAAAAUCUGUAGCAGAUGCAUGUACAGAAAUCUUAGAAAUAAAGAGCCAAGGCUUGAAACCUCAGACCUUUACCCUACUAUAGAGGUUUCAGUGCGUAAUUUCAUUGAAUAUGUAGAACUGUGAUGCACUCACCCCAAUCACAAACUGAAGAUUACAUACUGUUUUGUCUGCAAUUUAGCUCCCUGUUGGAGUUGAUUCCUGCCUCGAUAAUCUUGCUUGCAAUAAGGUUGAGAUAAAUAUCACCACCCCUCCUCUGCGUUCUUUUCAAAUUCGAAUUUCUCUCUCUUAUAAACCAAAGUUGCUCUUAUUUUCCCACUUUCAAGAGCAUUUCUCAUCUUGUUUCCAUACUAGCGUUGCUUAGCACUGGAGAGUUUCAAGAAACAGAAGAAACCUCUUAUUUUAGCAGUGAUUACAGCUGAAUGUUUUAACUUGGUUUUGCCUAUAUUGCUAAUUGUGGCUUUUACAUGAUGAGCUGCCCUUUAUUUGGCACUUGAUGUGUUGGUGCAGCAAUUGCAUUCUGGAAAGAGAAUAAAGGGAAAAGGAGGUAAUGGACAAGAUUAUGCGGACAAAUAAUUCUUGCCAGCAGACAAGAUAGAGAUUCAAUUCAACUCAUCAUGAAAGAAAGUUAGUUCCUUGGGGAUUUUGAUUUGAUACCUUGUUGGGAUGAAAAACACAGGCCCACCACCAGACUCAUUCACACCUAAUUAUACAACUCAUCUGUGUACCAAGUGGAAAGAAUACGGAUUUUGAUUGAUUUUACUCUGUCCAAAUUGCAUAGGAUGGGGCAUCAAUCAAGCUGUAUUUCCAAGAUGAUUCAGGCAACAUACUCCUCCACGAGUUUGAAAAAUGCACCCAUGCUCUAACUGGUCAUGGCUUCAGCUUGGGAGUGGUGGGCCAUUUGAUUCCUACAUUCAUGCCCACAACGACGACAGAAAUAUAUCGAACGCUGCAUCGAGAUCUCAAAGGUAAAUAUUAAUAUAGAUGUGACGCAUGCAAGAUCUCUUAAUUAUAAAGCUCCUAGCAGCAUCAGCUUAUUUUAGAAUGUGAAGUUUUACUCAACGUUACAUAUGACUUCAACUGUUGUAGGUGUCUUUUAUAUUUUUAAAAGAGAUCUAAGUGUAAUUAAAUCAAAAAGAAAAAAGAAAAAAUUUACAUUCUAAUUCUAAUUGUAAGUUUGUAUGCAUAAUUUGGGGUUGGGGGUGUCAUUGAAAAUCAAAGAAUUUGUAGCUUGUGGAAUUUGUUCUAAGAAAAUAGUGAGCGCGGUUAAAUGUCUUUGUCAAGUGUCCACCCAGACAGCUCAUGUUUCACUACUCUAUCUAGCUAGCAAGCCUCACCCUCACCCUCA